GAUUGAAAAAUAGACUCAUCCUUCGUAUCGAGGGUAUGUUUCCGUUGCGUUCGCUAGCACAGCAAGGAGACACUGGUGAACAGCCUUUACGUGCGCCAACAGUAUGAUGAAAAGGGGUGAAUAUCAUAUCCAGAAAGAGCACUGCUACUCUAAUCCUACGACAUAAUUUCAAACUUCGAUAUGCCAAGCUUUUAUACAAUUCAAACUUCCUCUUUAUCAAACAGAACUUUGCUCUGAGCCUUUGAGUUGCGGCACGAAGCUCUAAUUUUGCACAUGCCAAGAGUCUUAAGAAAGGAAAUAGAAUGGUUGUAAGGCUAUGAAAUUGCUGUUUGCUAUUUCGGUCACACAUUAUCGAUGGUUAUAGGUUUAGGUUGUAAGUUGUUGUCGCAGGCUACGAAGAUUGGAAGCUGGAUUAACAUUUGAUGCAGUUGGUGACCAUUACUACAUGUACUUUCCAAAACUGAUCGUGAAAACUAUGUGGAAAGGACUCGUUAGAUGUUCCUACCAAUGGUUAUUUCUAUCGAUCUUGGAACUGUGGAUGCUGAUUUGCCGAAUAAGAUGGUGGCAGUGCUCAGAGAGCGUCUGUGCCGCAUGUGCCCCAUACUCCUAGUAACAACUUCGAAAUGGUGGCAUUGACAACACAGUGUGACUUCCUAUGUUGGUGGCACGCAGCGAAGGACUUUAGGUCAAACGAAGUUUGACUCUCUGCGACCAUGCAUAUCAUAACCGUAAUUCCUUUUCUGUUGACAUCCCCAGACUCAUAAUACGAUAUCGCUCUGAUCUGGAAUGCUUUCUAGUCAAGAUUAGACUGAAAUCAAAAUUGUCUUCAUAUCUCUACCUCCAGCUUUCUCGUUGAUUAUUUGCUGCUUCUAACUUCAUCUUGGAGUCCUGAUAAUUGCCAGUUUUCACCAGCUUUCACAAUGUCGAACGAUAGCCAUUGCAUCAACGAUAAUGGCGGUGUAUCCAGCACUCUCGGCAACCAAUCUGCUUGUUUCUGGCCUUUUGUUUCGACCGAUCCAAAUAGUACCCAGUUUGGCAAUGUGUCACUUUCCGCGCUAAAAGCAUGUUGCGGCACUUCCGACCUCAUCGAUUAUCCGCUCAAUGACCAAUACAACUGCACAAUUCAGUAUUGCCACUUUCCUCCACCAAAUGGCGACGACACGAUCAUGCAAUGCCUCCAAGACGUGUUUGACAGUGGCAAUUCAAGCCAUCGGGUUGACCUCCUCUGCACGGGGAUUGACAAGAUUGAGUCGAUGGGUCCAAUUGUUCGAAGAGGUACAAUCAAUACGAUCCUUUUGGCGACGGCAGUCAUUGCAUUUGGGAGUUGGGCUCUUUAAAAAGAAGUUCAACUCAUUUCAAGAAAUUGUGGAAUCAUUUGGUGGGAUGAUGGAUCUAAUCGUGGGUUGUGAUGCGGAACUACUGGUGUACGGUCCCGUGAUAAGGCGGAUGUAGCGAAUGUGUCGUAUCGGCCCUGGUCUUAGCCUUCCGCGACAAUUUCCCCUAUCGUUUGAUGUGUAGAUUUGAUCGAUAUCAUAAUGAGAUAAAAUCGGAUUGAUGAGCUAUCAAGACUUUUCAAACUCAUCAACUUAAGCACUCAAUUCCAUUUUAUGAUGGCA